CGGCCCUUUGCCCUGGCUGGCGCCUUGCCGCGGGGGCGGGGAGCGGCCUGGUGCCGGCGGCCCGGGCAGAGCCGGGGUGAAACUCUCCCUGCGCCGGGGUGUCACCGAAGGGGGGGCCUAGAUCAGCGGAGGUGGCGAAGCUGGGGGCGGGGUGUGGCUGUAGGGAGGCCUCAAUGCAGCUCUCACCCCUCCUGCGGCCCCGCCCUCCCGGUGCCAUGGAAACGCGGCCUGUUGUCCCCAGCGCGGCGGGCCGCCUGGCGCAGCACGGGGCUCCGCGUGGCCCGUCAGGCCGCCUUCCAUGGACUCGGCCAGGGCCUACUGCCUCCCGCAAGUCCCCGCCUCGAGCCCCGCCCUUUCCUUCCCCUCUUCCUCGGCGGCGGUGGCGGUCCUAACCCGGGCGCGGGCGCGGGCCGAGGCGCAGCUGCGCUCCGCGGUAGCCUGCGAGCGGGCCAUGCGCUGGAGCGAGGUUGUUGAACAUUAUACAGCACUCUUGAAAACUCUGAGCAAAGAGGAACUUCCUAAAGACUUUGAGCCUGGGCCUUACUAUUCACAACUGCUAUUUGAAACCUAUUAUCAUUUAGCUGUAGCUUUCCAAAGACAGAAUCACCAUGAGGAAGCAGUUCAAGAGCUUAAUAAAGCAAUAGACGUUGCAUCUAUCCCUAAGAUUGCCUGUCAAGUUGGAUGUGUUUCCAGAACUUUCCUUCAUACACCACUAUUUGCGAGAAGAGCAUAUGCAUAUGUAAAAUGUGGUCAUUUGAAAGAAGCAAUAGAUGAUGCUAACAAGGCUGUUGAGUCAGACCCUUUGAACCCUGAUGUAUAUUGUGUUCGAGCUCUUGUUUGGAACACAGUGAAAGAAAAGAAGAGAGCGCUUUUUGAUUUAAACUGUAGCCAGAAGCUAAAGCCUUCUCAUAUUUCCACUUUGAUCAUAAAGGGAAUUAUUAAAAAUUCUCUUAUGGCAACAGAAGGUACAAAGUCUUUAGUGAAGAAUAAAGAUCAUGAAAAGGCUUAUAAACUGGACAAAACUAGUAAAAAUUUCUUUGAUGUAGAAGAUUUCCAUAGUCCUAAAAUGGAUGAUUUCUAUGAUAGAUACCUGUGGUCCCUCAAUGUUCCUCACACAAUAAUGCAAGUCAACUUGAUGGCUGGAAGUUCAUUCAUUUCACAUUUACCAUCUGAUUCAUUUCACAGAAAGAAGAGAAUGAACUUACUUCCCGAGCAGAACGCGGGGUCCUUUAUCUGCAGCACUCCAACCAGUUAUCUUGACAACACUGCCUUUGCAAGGAGGGCAUUGUAUGGAAAGGCAUUGAAGGAUUCUGGUUUAAAAUUGAACGCUAGCGAGAUUUCAGAGAGGAUUCUAAGAAUUACACGGGUGGCUUCCGAAUGGUCGGAAAGGAGGACAUCCAGAAGCCCUGUGAAGAUAGAUUCAAAGACGAUAGUAGCAUCAACACCUGGCAUCCUUGCAUGACUCAGAGGCUGUCUGCAAGCUGAUGCAAGCUACAGGCCUCAGAAGUAGUAAGCUGCAGAUCAAGAGAAGAAUGACCAGCUGAACCAGAGUGAAGUUGGGGAGGAGUGUCAUAUUCCUCUCAAAGCAGCAUAAGAUACAAUACAAUCUACUUCUGUAACUUUAUUAUACUACAGAAGGGCUGGGUAGGCUUACAUGGCUGGGGGGUGCGUUACCAGUGGCAGCACAGAAGACAGGCUGCCAUGCUAUGCAAGAGCCUGGGAACAUCACGGAUGAGCCAAAAUCCAUGAAUGGCCACCCUACUGCCCUACUGUACACCUGACCAUUAGGGACUGAACAGA